AUGCUUGGCCUCGUUGAGACGGCACUAGCAAAUGAUGGUACUCAGCAAGCUCUGAUGCUACUCAUAGAAGCUCGCCGGCUCAGUUUGAUGGUCUUAAUGGAGCGGUUUUUUGGCCGAGGCGGAGACGAUCCUCUGGCGUCGAGAUGUCUGGAGCACUACUACAGGCGCUUGGGCGUUUCUGAACCCACUGAAGAUUGGCAAUCGAAAGACAGAGUUCCCGAUCAAGACUAUAGACAGGAGCUAGAAGCGGUUGCUCUUAAGCUUGCAGCUUGGCACGAUGAGCUCCCAUUGGCGAGAGCACCGAUCGAUAAAUUUAUCCCGGCAAUGCUCAGGCCUAGCCACAAGCCAAGCAUAUCCUUUACCGUCUAUCCUUUGCACUUUUCUUCUCAUGAUGCAGCUCUGGCUUAUGCCUACUAUGCGCUGGCAAAUCUACUCUGUGAUCCGAAGGUUUUAGAGGAAGCCACAUCUGCAACAGUUAUCGAUCAUGAGCAAGAUAGUUCCUCAAGCCCGUGGCUGCUUCUUUUUCUUCGCGUCAUCUGUGGCAUGAAUUCCACAAACCAUUGGAAAAGCCCUUUCAUGAUCGACGUGAUCGAUCUGCUUUUUGAAGCUGUAUGCAGAAACACGGACCUCCGGAUUGAUGAUUGGAUUCUACAAUGGCUCAAGAAUAUCGGACGAGUACAGACGGAAGGUAACAGCGGCCUAUCGACAGGAGUAAGCUUGUCCAUGAUCUUUGGCUUGAGAGCAGAAAGACUUGCUGGUCGUGAUGUAUUUUGUUGCUUGACAUAUGGUGACGGAUCCUAUGAUUCACCCGAUUCUCAGACUACAGUCGAGCGCAGUGUUGUCUACUUCCGCGACCGCCAAACAGCGCGACUUCAAAGCGCUGUAUUGGAUAUACGAGGUGCGUGA